GAAAAAAUAGCUGUUAUGUGACAACUGUUUUAGAGUGUUUCACUGUUGAAUGCUGAUGAUCCAUAUAUAAAUAAAUACAUACACCCAUUCUUCCUCUGCUUCCUAACUUCUCUCUCUCUCUCACUUUGUAAAGUGUAAGGAGGAGAAGAAAUGGGCAAGAUUCCCAUGUUUUUGGUGGGGAUUAUUUUGAUAGUGUUAGGCAUGGCAGCAGAGGCAGAGUACUUGAAAUAUAAAGAUCCAAAGCAGCCAUUGAAUGUUCGAAUCAAGGAUCUUAUGAGCAGAAUGACACUCCAAGAGAAAAUUGGCCAAAUGACUCAGAUUGAUCGCACUGUUGCUUCAGCUGAUGUCAUUAACAAGUAUUUUAUCGCAGGGAUCCAGCGUUGGUGAAGAAGAUUGGAGAAGCAACUGCACUUGAAGUUAGAGCUACAGGGAUUCCAUAUGUUUUUGCACCUUGCAUUGCGGUUUGUAGGGAUCCAAGGUGGGGUCGCUGCUAUGAAAGUUAUAGUGAAGAUCAUAGUGUUGUUCAAGCUAUGACUCAGAUUAUUCCUGGAUUGCAAGGUCAAAUCCCUACAAAUUCACGCAAGGGAGUUCCUUUUGUUGCUGGAAAAAAGAAAGUUGCGGCUUGUGCUAAGCACUAUGUUGGUGAUGGAGGAACCACUGAAGGAAUCAACGAGAACAACACGGUGAUAAACAGACAUGGGUUGCUUAGCAUUCACAUGCCAGGCUACUAUAACUCAAUCAUUAAUGGUGUUUCAACUGUUAUGAUCUCUUACUCUAGCUGGAAUGGAAUCAAGAUGCAUGCUAACCGUGACUUAAUUACUGGCUUUCUCAAGAACACUCUUCGCUUCAGGGGUUUUGUGAUAUCAGAUUGGCAAGGAAUUGAUAGGAUUACUUCCCCUCCUCAUGCUAACUAUACAUAUUCCAUUGUUACGGGAAUCAAUGCUGGAAUUGACAUGAUAAUGGUUCCCUAUAACUACACUGAAUUCAUAGAUGGCCUAACAUCUUUAGUGAAGAACAACUUCAUAGCCAUGAGUCGAAUUGAUGACGCGGUAAAGAGAAUCCUAAGGGUUAAGUUUGUGAUGGGUCUUUUUGAAAGUCCAUUAGCUGAUAACACCCUAGUUGACCAGCUUGGAAGUCAGGAGCAUAGAGAAUUGGCUAGGGAAGCUGUGAGAAAAUCAUUAGUCCUAUUAAAGAAUGGUGAAGAUGCAGAUACACCAUUGCUUCCACUUCCUAAGAAGGCUUCAAAAAUACUUGUUGCUGGAAGUCAUGCUGAUAAUCUUGGUUAUCAGUGUGGUGGUUGGACCAUUGAAUGGCAAGGACUAAGUGGCAACAAUAUUACCUCUGGUACAACUAUUCUAAGUGCUAUAAAAAACACUGUUGAUAAAGACACUAAGGUGGUUUACAAGGAGAACCCUGAUUUGGAGUAUGUGAAGUCCAAUGAUUUUUCAUAUGCAAUUGUGGUAGUUGGAGAGCAUCCAUAUGCAGAGACAUUUGGAGACAGCUUGAACUUGACAAUACCAGAUCCUGGUCCACAAACCAUAACAAAUGUGUGUGGAGGAGUGAAAUGUGUUGUUGUAGUAAUCUCUGGUCGCCCUGUGGUUAUACAGCCAUAUCUUGACACCAUUGAAGCACUUGUUGCUGCUUGGCUUCCAGGAACUGAGGGUCAAGGUGUUGCUGAUGUUCUGUUUGGUGAUUAUGGUUUCACUGGCAAGCUUUCAAGAACAUGGUUUAAGACAGUUGAUCAGUUACCUAUGAAUGUUGGUGAUUCACAUUAUGAUCCACUUUACCCAUUUGGAUUUGGCCUUACAACCAAACCCAACAAAGUUGUAUAGGGAACUCAACUUUAAAGCACCUUUUAACGUUGUUUAGGUUGUGUUUGGUAAUUAAAUAUUUGUUCUAAUAAACCAGUUUCAAAAUUUAAAUAAGCUAUUUUAUUGUCUUUUUUCAUAUGAAAAGACAUUUAUUUUCCAAUGUUGUGUAAAUUUUCUUGAAUAAGAUAUAAUAAAAUAACCUAAUAUUAGAAUA